GGGCCACAACCGAAAACACGUUUCGACUGAUGCAGAAGACAUGGACGAUGGCGAUGCAACGUUUUCAAGGAAAUUCACAAAUGGACAUCGUCUCGGAUGACUUUUUGAGACAGAGAGAUUCAUCUUCGGAUGACGAGGAUUUUAGGACAUUUGCCAGGCAAGUCAAUGAUCGCUACCAAGUCGCUUUCCAAGACGACGACGAAGACUUUGAAAAUGGACAUAUGCUCAACAAGGAGACAAAAAGGAAAACUGACAAAGACUUUAAAUAUGACAUUCCAAGCUUUUCAACGGAAACCAGGGUUUUACACGUGGACAGAAGAGGUGUAUUCACUGAAGACUAUUUCUUCGCGAAUGUUCGUCACUGCUACAGCCAGGCAGUGAGAGAAGUGCUGGAAAAGGCUAAUGAAUGGACCUGUCGAAGUGACGCCAUGCACAACUACAGACGUCUGCGUCAGCGCAACCUCAAGUUGGAAACUCAGGCUGUUGGCAUCUUAGACGAUCAAGACUCGCACAAGAUUGUGAUGGACGUUUUUGAUUUUAUUAAGGGCGACGUGACAGUGCAGUUGGUGAAGGGCAAGGAACUGCUGGUCGAGGGUCAAGCAGAAAAGCAGGACGGAAGCAGAGUGUCCCGAGUGAGCUUUGUACGACGCUUUGCGUUACCUGACCUCGUCGAGCGAGACGCCAUCAGCUGCGUGUUGUCCUCGGACGGAAUCCUGACAAUCACCUCCAAGAAGAGAGCAUGCGGGUACAGGGCUAUGGCAAGGGGAUUUUCCAGUGAGAGGAAGUCCCACGGUGACACGGCUGGCAAGUGGGAGGACAAGAAAGUGAAAGAGUCUCUCGCGGAUCUGGAAGGCCCCAGUUCUCGGGCUUUCAGCACUGGCUCUCGCUCCCGCUACCAUCGCUCCUAUGCGAAGCAAUAUUAGAGAGUAAAAGUCCUUACAUAGAUUUAUAAAUACAUAUU